UUCUGGAGGUUGGAUGUCUUCAAGAUCAAGAAUUGGUUGGUUCCUUCUGCUAACUGGCUCAGGACUAGGUGUAUCUUGCAGACUGAAGACCGACUGACUAAGAGGAUUCAAGAUACUACAGCAAGAAGGAAGUUGCAGCUUUGAUAUGAGUGAACAAGCAAAUCUACCCAAAAUGACCAAAGACUGGACCAAAGAGCAUGUGAAACAAUGGGUAACUGAAGCCCUUAAGAUUGAUGAGAAAUAUGGGCAGAUUCUGGUCAAAGAAGAAGUGACAGGAUUAGUCCUACAGGAAUUAACUGAGAAAGACCUUAGAGACAUGGGGCUACCACGGGGUCCAGCACUUUUGAUAAAACGUAUGUUUAACAAAUUGAAUAAUAGUUUCCCUGAAAACAACAAUCAGGAUUCUGGACAAUUAGAUCAUAUGAAACUCUCCAAAAAUGAACACCAAAAAAAGCCACAACAGACAAAAAAGGACGAGCAAAAUUCAGUGUCAUCCAAUAUUGAUCAUGAUCUCAGUGAGACUAGAGAUAUCAAAGAACAAGACUCGGUUCUUAUGACAGAAAAUGAAUUAAAUGAAGUAGCGACCACUAAAAACAAAAAAAAGAACAAGCUGAAAACUGAACAGUUGACUUGUAUGCCAUAUCCUUUUGAUCAGUUCCAUGACAGCCAGCGUUACAUAGAACAUUAUCUUAUCCAACCUGAAACAGGACCACUCAAUCUCAUAGACCCUAUACAUGAAUUCAAAGCCCUCACAAAUACAGAAACAGCCACAGAAAAGGACAUUAAGAUGAAAUUUAGCAAUGAAGUCUUCCGAUUCACAUCAGCUUGUAUGAACUCACGCACUAAUGGUACCAUCCAUUUUGGAGUCAAGGACAAACCGCAUGGAGAAAUUGUCGGUGUGGAAGUCCCCAGUAAGGAUGCCUUCAUUGACCACUUCAAUCAAAUGAUCAAACAGUAUUUCGAAGAAAGUGAUAUCAAUAAAGCCAAGAAGUGCAUUCGGGAGCCAAGAUUUGUAGAAGUCCUACUACAGAACAAUACUUCAUCUGGUAGAUUUGUCAUUGAAGUAGAUGUUAUUCCAAAACACUCUGUGUGUAAAGAAACCUAUUUCUACAUUAAGAUGCAAAACUGUAAAAAUGAAACAUGGAAACAAAACCAAGAUCAUUCACUAUUUGUGAGAGAAGGGGCUAGCUCUAAGGAUAUCCUGGCCAACGUCAAGCAACAGGAUGCGGAUUUCAAAAAAUAUAUACAAAAUUUAAAGUCACUAACAGCAUCUAGAAAAGAGGCUGAAGAAAGAUAUGAGGUGAAGGCAAAUAAGAAGGAGAGUGAAGGACAAAAGCUGGUUAAACUUCUCAUAGGAAACCGAGACUCACUGGAUAAUUCUUACUACAAUUGGUACAUUCUUGUAACAAAUAAAUGCCAUCCAAACCAAACAAAGAACUUAGAUUUUCUAAAGGAAAUUAAAUGGUUUGCUAUAUUGGAGUUUGAUCCUGAGUCUGAAAGCAAGGGGGUGGCCAAAGCUUACAAAAGAAGCCGGGUAGCAAAUCUGCACUUUCCAAAUCAGUAUGAGGAAAAGACAACUACCAUAAGGGAGAAAAUUUCUAGUCUGAAUCUUUUUGAUCAGCCCAGCUGGAUCUUCUGCAAUGGCAGAUCAGACUUGAAAGAUGAGAAGUAUAGGCCCCUAGAACCACAUUUAUGGCAGAGAGAAAGAGCUUCUGAAGUCAGAAAACUGAUUUUAUUUCUCACAGAUGAAAACCUAAUGACAAGAGGAAAAUUUUUGGUAGUGUUUCUAUUACUCUCUCCAGUGGAAAGCCCAGGAGACCCACUCAUUGAAACCUUCUGUGCUUUCUACCAAGCUCUCAAAGGAAUGGAAAAUAUAUUGUGUAUCUGUGUAGACUCAAAGUUUUAUCAACGGUGGAAAGAUCUACUACAAGCAAGACUGACAAUGGCAGAUGAAUUAACAAACCAUAGUAUUUCCACUUUAAAUUUAGAAUUGAUAAACAGUACUAUCCUCAAACUAAAACCAGUGACUCAGUCAUCUAAAAGGUUUUUACCCUCCAGUGGAUCAUCUUCAGUUAUCCUAGAGAAAAAGGAAGAGGAUGUGUUUACUGCACUGGAAAUUCUCUGUGAAAAUGAGUGUAAAGACACAGAUAUUGAGAAAAAUGAAUCUAAAUUCCAAGAAUUUAAAAAAACGAAAGAAGAGCAUUUUUAUCGAGGUGGCAAAGUAUCCUGGUGGAACUUCUAUUUUUCUUCUGAAAACUAUUCUUCAGCCUUUGUCAAAAGGGACAGUUAUGAAAAUCUUAAAGAUCUGAUACAUUGUCGGGCAGACUCUCCUAAACCAAUGUUUGUAAAAAUUAUCAAUCUUCGUCAUCACCCAGGCUGUGGGGGUACUACAUUGGCUAUGAAUGUUCUCUGGGACCUAAAGAAAAACUUCAGAUGUGCUGUAUUAAAAAACAAAGCAACUGAUUUUGCAGAAAUUGGAGAACAAGUUACCAAUUUGAUUACUUAUAAGGCAGCCAGCCCUCAGGAUUACAUUCCUGUACUUCUCCUAGUGGAUGAUUUUGAAGAACAAGAAAAUGUCUACAUUCUACAGAAUGUCAUCCAUUCCAUUUUAGCAGAGAAGGGUUUGAGAUAUGAUAAAACAUUGGUAAUUAUCUUAAACUGCAUGAGAUCCCAGAAUCCUGAUGAAAGUGCAAAAUUAGCAGACAGUAUUGCACUAAAAUACCAACUUUCCUCCAAGGAACAAAGAGCUUUUGAGUCCAAACUGGAGGAAAUUGAAAAACAACACAAGAACUGUGAAAACUUUUAUUCCUUCAUGAUUAUGAAAGAAAAUUUUGAUGAAACAUAUAUAGAAAAUGUAGUCAAGAAUAUCUUAAAAGGACAGAAUAUUGACAGUAAGGAAGCACAACUCAUUUCUUUCUUGGCUCUACUAAAUUCUUAUGUUACAGAUUUUACAAUUUCAGUGUCACAUUGUGAAAUAUUUUUGGGAAUCAUAUACACCCGCACGCCCUGGAAACCUGAAAGUCUAGAAGACAAGAUGGGAACCUAUUCUACACUUCUAAUAAACACAGAAGUUGCAGACUAUGGGAGAUACACAGGUGUGCGCAUCAUUCACCCCCUGAUUGCCAAUUGCUGCCUAAAAGAACUGGAAGAAAGCUAUCACUUGAGUCGGUGUCAAAUUGCACUGAAGAUAUUAAAAGAGAACGUAUUCUAUGUUUCUGGAAUAGGAAGAGACAAAUUUCAACAUGACGUGCAAACUCUUCUGCUUACAAGACAGCGCAAAGAGCAUGGAGAUGAAACAGACACUUUGUUUUCCCCAUUAAUCGAAGCUUUACAGAAUGAUGAAGUUGAAAGAGUCCUGACUGAAGGAAGUAAUCGAUUCCCACAAAAUGCAUUUAUUUGUCAGGCUUUAGCAAGACAUUUCUACAUUAAAGAGAAGAAUUUUGACAUUGCUCUGCGUUGGGCAAAUCAGGCCCAAAAGAAAGCACCUAAAAAUUCCUAUAUCUCAGAUACUCUUGGCCAGGUCUACAAAAGUGAAAUCAAAUUGUGGUUGGAUGAAAACAAAAACUGUAAGGAUAUCACUGUUAAUGAUCUAACACAUUUCCUAGAAACUGCUGAAAAUGCCUCAAGAGCUUUCAAAAAAGCUCAAGAGCAAACUGAUAGGAAAGACUAUGAAACAGAGACUUGGUCACCACAGAAGUCCCAAAGAAAAUAUGACACGUAUAACACAUCUGGUUUCUUGGGUGAAAUAGAAGUUGGUCUUUACACUAUUCAGAUUCUUCAGCUUACUCCCUGUUUCCACAAAGAAAAUGAAUCAUCUGAAAAAACUAUGGUAGAAUUUUUAUCAGGAAAAAGUAAUAUUCCUACAAAUUCAAAAAAUGUAUAUUAUUUGGCUCUUAGCAAGUUCACACCUUAUUUACAAAAUUUACAAUCAGAUAUGAAAAGGUGCUUUGACUUUUUUCUUGAUUAUAUGAAUCUUUUGAAAAAAAGGGAUACCCAAAAAGAAACAGGGGAAAACUUAUUAAGCAAGAAAAUAAGUCGUUGUUUCAGUAAAUAUAUAGAAUUUUUCUGCCAUUUGGAUCCAUUACAAGGCAAAGAGAGUCAGUUACUCCAAGAGGUGAAUUAUAGGAAAGGUCUAGAAGCUUUGAGAGCAGAUAGGUUUUCUGGACUCCUAGCAUAUCUUAAUCCAAAUCACAAAGAUGCCCCAACUAUCAUGGAAACUAUAGUGGAAAAAUACACUUUCCUCUUAGAGCAAAAGCCAAACAAACGAAUGGUAAAGGAUAAACAAAAUUUCAUUUUGGCUAACAUUAUUCUCAAUUGUCUAAAACCCAACUCCAAGUCCAUUCAACCACUUAACAUACUUAAAAAACAGCUCCGAGAAGUGUUGCAAUACAUAGAACCAAAUCAUCAAUAUCCAGACCCUUAUUUCUUAGCCUGCCUUCUGUUCUGGCCAGAAAAUGAAGAGCUAGAUGAAGAUGCCAAACUAAUGGAAAAAUAUGUUUCUUCCUUAAAUAGAUCCUUCAAGAGACAGUACAGAAGCAUGUGCAGAUCCAAGCAAGCAAGCACAUUUUUCUACCUGGGGAAGAGGAAGGGUCUCAACAGUCUUGUUCAUAAGGCUGAGAUAGAGCAGUACUUCAGUAAAGUACAAAAUAUAAAUUCAUUCUGGCAGAGUGGAGAUGUGUGGGAAAAAAAAGAAGUCAAAGACCUCCUGCGUCGUCUCACUGGUCUGGCUGAAGGCAAGGAAAUCUCUAUAGAAUUCGGGACAGAGAAAAAAAUAAAAAUACCAGUGACAUCUGUUUAUUCGGGUCCACUCAGAAGUGGUGGGAACAUAGAAAGAGUCUCCUUCUACCUAGGGUUUUCCAUCGAAGGCCCUCUAGCAUAUGAUAUAGCAGUAAUUUAAGAAGAUAUAGUAGCACAUAUAUGUUUAUUCAUCUCUCCCUCUCUGAUUUUAUUCCUUAUUCCCAUAGCAUUCUGAUGACAUUAUUGGCUUACCUCUAAUCACAGAUUUUGCUAUUGUCUUCCCAAAUAGAUUAAAAGCCUUUGUAGGGCAUGAAAUGGGUCUACACACAGUGCUUGGCACACAAUAGUGUCAAUGUUCGAUGCCUUAAAUAUGCACUUUAAGACUAACAAUUGGUAUCCACAGGUCACAUCAUUACUGGUUGUAGGUCAAUAAAAUGUUUUAAUUCUAUUACUCUUA